ACAACGGUCGGGAAAGAGACCGGCCCGUAACGGAAUAUUCUGGGGUGGAUGCCAUCGGUGGCCGUCCCAAGUCGCUCCAAAUGGCGUCGGACUGCCCAGAUAGCGACGCUCACGCUAUUUCCGUGGGGGCAACUCAACUCCUCUAAUUUGCCUGCGACGUGGGCUAAUCCCGAGCCGCUGAUUUUUGAGCUCCUCGGAAUCUGUGCUUCUGAUGCUUUGGUGGUCUCUUGGAUUGGGAACUUAUCUCUUGUAUAAACCAAGUUCGUGCCAACAUGCUUGCUCAUGACCAGCAAAUGGAAAUGAAUGUUGAAACUUCAGGCUCGAAGGGUGAAAGGAACAACCCAUGUAACCCGGGGUUGGCCUCAAGACAGCGAUUGCGUUGGACACAUGAGCUUCAUCAACGUUUUGUAGAAGCGGUUACACAACUUGGUGGACCAGAAAGAGCCACUCCUAAAGGUGUCCUUAGGGCCAUGGGUGUACAAGGCUUGACCAUAUACCAUGUCAAAAGUCACUUACAGAAGUAUCGGCUUGCAAAGUACAUUCCUGAGUCUUCAUCUGAUGGUACUAAGUCUGACAAGAAAGAGCCUGGGGACCUACUUCCAACUGUUGAUAACUCAUCUGGAAUGCAAAUAACCGAAGCACUAAAGUUGCAGAUGGAGGUUCAAAAGAGGCUACAGGAACAACUAGAGGUCCAAAGGCAGCUGCAGCUAAGAAUAGAAGCCCAGGGCAAAUAUCUGAAGAAAAUCGUUGAGGAGCAACAGCGUCUUAGUAGCGUGCUGACUGGAGCAUCAGGACUGGGUAACACAACUACCAUAUUUGGGGACCCCCAUCUUGAUGACAAGACUGACCCCCCAACCCCUGCUUCAACCUCUGAGAGCCCCAUCGAAGGCAAGGGUACCAGCAACCAUAGGGUCGACUGUGGGCUUGUCAAAAGUCUUCCCCAUGAUGAAUUAUUCUCCUUUCACCAUGAGCCUAUGACACCAGACUCCUCCUGUGCUCGCUCCCCUGACAGCCCAAAGAGAGAGCAACGGGUCAAGGAGCAGCAGGGAACAGGAAGCCUUGAAAAUGCAGGGCUGAUGCAUUCUAAUCACAUUCUUGAGUCAAGCUCAGGCUGAGAUUUCCAAUGCGCUUGUUUAAUGUACCCUUUUGAUGGUGGCCACAUCGAUCUAAGUGAUCAGCUCAUGAAUGAAUCUUCCUAACAGUGAUUGGUCUGAAAUUGCAUCAGGGGUUGGAUUUAGGUAGUGCUAAUGGAUAGAAGAUGUCUUUUCUGGUUGCAAAUUUUCGCCAGAGAUUCUAUCAUGAUGGAAGAGUGUGUUUUACUUGUCCUUGUUAUCUAGUUAGGUGUAUUUGUCUAUGAAUGUUGUACCCGUUAGGAGAGUCGUCUUUGUUGUUAGUCCAGAAUUUAAAAUGGGAAACAUUGCCAUGCAUGCAAGGUUUUAUUAAUUAUUAAGUUACAUCAC